UCAGAGCCUACCAUCGUCUCCAACCCAACUUCACCAGCGCCAACACAACACACGCACGCACGCUCCCGCCUCGCCUCGCCUCGCCUCGCCCCGCACGUCCUCGUCAAACCCCCACGGUCCAAAGUCCAAACGCUCUCCCCUCCGGCGGCUCCCCUCGCCUCAAAUCUCACCAGUCACCACACCCCGCGCGGCCGCAGCGCCGCUCAGACUCAGGCUCAGCUCCGCCGCCGAGGCGCCACGCGCAGCCAUGGCCGGCUCCGAGCAGCGCGUCGUCGCCGUCAUCAUGGUCGGCGGCCCCACCACAGGGACGCGGUUCCGGCCGCUGUCGCUCAACGUGCCCAAGCCGCUCUUCCCGCUCGCCGGCCAGCCCAUGGUGCACCACCACAUCUCCGCCUGCCGCCGCAUCCCCAACCUGGCGCAGAUAUACCUCAUCGGGUUCUACGAGGAGCGGGAGUUCGCGCUCUACGUUUCCUCCAUCUCCAACGAGCUCAGGAUCCCUGUCAGGUACCUGAGGGAGGAUAAGCCACGCGGGUCAGCCGGAGGGCUCUACAGCUUCAGGGACUACAUCAUGGAGGACACUCCGGCACACAUUGUUUUGCUGAACUGUGACGUCUGUUCUAGUUUCCCCUUGCCAGACAUGCUCGAGGCCCAUAAAAAGUAUGGAGGCAUGGGCACUUUGCUAGUCAAUAAGGUAUCUGCGGAGUCAGCCAACCAAUUUGGCGAGUUAGUAGCUGACCCUGAAACAAAUGAACUGUUACACUAUACAGAAAAACCAGAGACUUUUGUGAGUGAUCUCAUAAAUUGUGGAGUCUAUAUAUUUACACCCAAGAUAUUACUUGCUAUCGAGGAUGUCCUAAAACAGAAGAAAGACAGAGCUAAUUUGCGCCGUGUAUCCAGCUUUGAAGCUCUUCAAUCAGCAACGAAGGCAAUUCCGGCAGAUUAUGUUAGGUUAGAUCAAGAUAUCUUAUCUCCUCUAGCAGGAAAGAAGGAACUUUACACAUACCAGACACUUGAUUUUUGGGAACAGAUCAAGACCCCAGGGAUGUCUUUGAGAUGCUCUGGCCUAUAUCUCUCCCAGUUCCGCCAUACCUCUCCUCAUCUUUUAGCAUCUGGAGAUGGCAAAAAGGGUGCCACUAUCGUAGGUGACGUAUACAUCCAUCCAUCUGCAAAGGUGCAUCUAACUGCAAAGAUUGGUCCUAAUGUUUCGAUAUCAGCAAAUGCACGCAUUGGAGCUGGUGCCAGGCUUAUCAGUUGCAUCAUUCUGGAUGAUGUUGAAAUUAUGGAGAAUGCAGUUGUCAUACAUUCAAUAGUAGGGUGGAAGUCAACAGUAGGGAAAUGGUCACGUGUACAGGGUGAAGGUGACCACAAUGCCAAACUUGGUAUCACCAUUCUUGGUGAAGCCGUUGAUGUUGAAGAUGAAGUAGUUGUAACUAACAGUAUCGUGCUCCCAAAUAAAACUCUCAAUGCCAGUGUGCAAGAUGAGAUCAUCCUAUAAUAUUCCUUGCACAACACAUAUCUUUAUUUAAUCCUGAAUAAGGUCUUCAAACCAAAUAUGUAAUUUUCUUUCCUUUUCUUCUUUACCCCCCUUAUGUAUGCUUGCAUUAGAUUGGGGUCAUUAAUCUGUACAAGGCAUUGGAUGUGAUAUUGGUGUAAUUUUGUUUAGCAUUCUGGCAUCAAGUUGACUGGUGUAGAAAUUGUACAAACAGAUUACAACAUUACUAUUGAGAACUGACAUUUUGUUAGCUGGAUCA